AUGGCCCCGCCCCCCGUCCCAUCUGGCAAGGGCAAGGAGAAGCAGGACGAGGGAGACUCGUCAGACGACGAUGUGGGCCCGCAGCCGUUGAACGUCAAGGCUGCGUCCGGGCGGGCCAAGGUGGACGAGCGGCAGUAUGGCGGGGCGUUGCUCCGGGGAGAAGGCUCCGCGAUGGCCGCGUUCCUCAAGGACGGCACGGACGUGCGCAUCCCACGGCGUGGUGAGAUCGGGUUGGAGAGCGACGAGAUUGCGGCGUACGAGUCCGUGGGGUACGUGAUGAGCGGGAGCAGGCACAGGCGGAUGAACGCAGUGCGGAUGCGGAAGGAGAACCAGGUCAUCAGCGCGGAGGAGAAACGCGGCAUCUUGAAGCUCCAGCAGGAGGAGCGCGAGCGUCGCGAGGCCAUUCUCCGCGAGGAGUUCCAGCAGCUCGUUCAGGAUAAGCUCAAGAGUCAGAGUGGUGGCAAGGCUUGA